AAGUUAGACAGUUCAGACAAUUGACACAAAAAACCGUUUGGUCAAAAAUCAUGUUUUGUUUUGAGUUAAAAUUUUUAAGUUUAAAUUAUUGGCUAAAAGUUCCAUCUUCUUGCCGAUUUUUACCACGUUUUAAAGCGCAUGUGGCGUCUAUCGACCAAACAAUUCAAAUUACGCCAAUGGCGAUGAGCCAACCUGGUGUUCAAAAAGACUCAUUUCUCGAUUUAGUGAAACGUAACGAGGUCUUAAAAUCCCUCGUAACACUUGAGGAAAAAGCUCGUCGCGACUGGCACCACAAGUGGGGUUUUCUGCUGGACUUCGACAAGUUCGUGUUAGAGGAAGCUUUCAAGCAUGGCAUUUCUGAGGAAGAAUACCGUCGAUGGACCGUACGACGUAAAAACAAAACCAGAGCUUUGGAUUACAUCUGGGAUCUGAAACCGUCCGCUAAUGUCCCUAAAACGUCGUCUGGUAUGGUGGGGUGGCGUAGCGCCCUCGAACACCGUCUGGAACGUACAGGCCCUCUUUACAUCAGCCCUGUGAGCACCUUACCGCCCAAGGAGCGCAAUUCUUGUAUUAUGUUGGGUUAGAUAAAUAAAGAAUAAUUGCAGUAA